CGAAGGCCUUACUCAGGACGAUGCCUUUGACCCUCCUAACUCUAGAGCUCGCAAGGUCAAUGUUGUUGUCCCUCAAGCGAUGCCUAUGGAAGAGGAAGAUGAGCCUAACCCUAAGAGGUCUCGUGCUGAUGAAUGGAAGAAGGAAGACAUUGAUAUCCGUGCCCUGCCCAACUUCAUUCAUCAGAAGCCUGACUAUUUGAGGGAACCUUAUGAAUAUUUCUCCCAGUUCUUCACAACUGAAUUGAGGGAACACAUUGUGUAUCAAUCCAACCUGUACUCAAGACAGAAGGAUGUAGGCAGCAACUUCCACAUGUCAGAAGAGGAUCUCAUGGUUUUCCUUGGCCUCAUCGUGUACAUGGGCCUGGUUCCUCUCCCUAGCAUAGUUGACUUCUGGGCCGUGAAGACCAGGAUUCCUCAAGUUGCAGACUUCAUGUCCAGGAACCGCUUCAAGGCAAUUCGAUCUUCCCUUCACUUCAGCGACAAUGACCAGGCAGCUGCAUCCCAAGAUCGGUUCUUCAAGGUGAGAGUCCCCUUCACCAAGGUCACCAGAGAGUUCCUGAAAGUUCCUGAGACUCCUAUCCACUCCAUUGAUGAAGUGAUGGUCGCCUAUAAGGGCACAAGGGCUGGUAACCUUCGCCAGUAUGUCGCAAAGAAGCCUGACAAGUGGGGCUUCAAGUUGUUCUGCCGCUCCAGUGUGGAUGGAGUUUUGUGCAUGAUAUUCUCAUGUACAAGGGGAGACAACCUUUGUGAGCCACCAUACUAUGCUAUCUGA